AUGCCCAGCUCCUCUCAUCAGAAGGCUCAUCCGAUGCAGCCAAAGGAAGUUCUAAAGCGCGGUCGUCCACACGCCAGUUCAGAAGGCUCUCAUUCCACGGCAGACCACGAUGGCGCUUCAGAUGUCACCCAGCGUUCUGCAUCCGAAGGAGAAGAGCACGACGAGGAUGACGAUGACGAGGAUGACAACGAGAGCGAAGAUGAUGAAGGAGAGGAAGAGGGGAAGACUGGCGCUGGUGAUAGUGACGAGGACGAGGACGAAGACGAUACUGGUGGAGAUGAAGGUGAGGACGCAGAGGGAGAGGGACAGGAUGAGGAAGACGAUGAGGCGGGCGACGACCAGGACCAGGGCGAUGACGAGGAUGAAAAGGCCGAUGACCAAGCAGAAGUGGUCGUGAACGUCAACGAUGUCGUCGACCCAAACCUCAUCACAGCUCACUCUACCAUGGACCCCAACGAGCGUGUCGAUAGUGAUAUGGUAGACGCCCCAGACUUUCAGGACCCAGGCCACCAUCUUGCCACCAUCCGAAGCCUGCAAAAUCAAGUGGCAAGUCUCCAGACAAACAUCGAGCGCAUGGCCAGAGCGUUUGGCGUGCAAGCGUAA